AUGGCCGAAUAUUCUAACUCAUUUUCGAAAUAAUUUAGAGAGGAUUAAGAGGAAUUUUUGAAUAUUGCCAUAAAGAAAUGGAAAUUUCAUAAGAAUUUCAAAAGAAAUCUGAUAAUAUUUAGCAUAAUUGGUAUGAGUAUUUGUAACAUAGGAAUAUUUUUAUUGGUCUUCGCAAUAAUAUUUUUAGUAUUCAAUUUACAAAUAGUUGAAAAGGAAGUUUAUUAUGGGUCAUCAUGUACAACAAAUCAACUUAAUUGUGAAAUACCAAUUGAAAUAUCAAGUGAUAUGACAGCACCAAUUUUUGUUUACUACUAACUGGAAAAUUUUUACAGAAGAAAUAGAAAUUAUUUCAAAUCAAAAUCUGUUGAAUAAUUGAAAGGGAAUGUAGAUGCUGACUUAUCCAAUUGUGGGGAUUAUUAAACUAAUUCUGAUAUGGGUAGCUAUUUGAAAUUAAUAAAAAUACAGAGAAAGUGAAAUCAUAUGGUGGCAAUACAUUAAAUAAGAGUGAGAAUGCGUUUCCAUGUGGUGAGAUAGCCUACACAUAUUUUACUGAUACAUUUAAAUUAAAAGAUUCUAAAGGAUAAUUUGUUGAAAUUGAUGAAACUGAUAUAGCUUGGGAAAGUGAUAGGGAAUAUAAUUUCAAAAACCCUAAGGGAUGGGAAAAGUUUGCUUGGACCAAUAUUGAAGAUGGUACAAUGUUUUAAAUGAACUAAAGAACACUUUAUGGUUUGGAUGAGAACAGCCGGGUAGGGUAGAUUAAAGAAAUUAUGGGGUAGAAUUUAAAAUGAUCUAAGUAAAGGACAAUAUAUAUUGAUUGUAAAUAAUAGUAAUUUUGUUUAUUUAUUUAUUAGCUUACGAAGAGUAAUUGUAUUCAUCUGAUAUGGUUAAGAGCUUCUUUAUGACAACAACAACAAUAUUUGGAUAAAAAAAUAUGGUAAAAAUGAAUUUGAAUUAAUAGGUUUUGGUUGGUUCAUAUUUUGCUGGAGCUUUUAUAUGUUUAUGCUCAAUCAUUGUUCUUGUUGUUAUAUACUUUAGAGAUAAGAGAAGAAAAAUAAUUUGAUU